GAGAGAAAACAUGGCAGCCUCCACGAAGUACUAGAUUUUCAUCCUGUAUAUUUUGUUUAGAUGUUCUUCGCGUAAAAGAGGAGGUUACAGCAUAGGUUGUUAUGGCAUUUAGGGACCUUUACAACAAAGAAAUAGAAUCAAGAAGGGAAUUAGAAUUUCCGCAACUAAAAGGAUGUACGUAUGUGGAGCACAUUGGAGCCACCCUGUACUCCAAAUCUCAGAUAGAGGCUUACCAGAAGGAGUUGCUAGGCAAUCUCUAUGGUAACCCACACAGUCGCAGUGAGAGCAGCAGACUCUCAACUGAUGCAGUGGACCAGGUUAGAUUCAGGCUUCUGGAACACUUUAACACAAACCAAGAGGAAUACACAGUGAUUUUCACAUCCAACUGUACAGCUGCCCUCAAAACUGUUGCAGAAUGUUUUAAUUUUUCUCAACCAAUGAACAGCAGUGAUACAGCAGAAGAUGACCAAUCACACAUCACAUCUCAAUCAAAGAAAUCCAAGCAUGGUUGUUUUUGCUAUCUCCUUGACAACCACACAUCAGUACAGGGUAUGAGGGAAAGUCUACAGGACAGGGUAUCAGCCAUUAUAUGUUUAGCAGAAGGAGAUCUGUAUAACAAAGACGUCUCUAAAUCACAAAUUGUACUGCAGCACAGUCCAUAUAACCCAGGAAACUGUUUAUUUGUCUAUCCGGCCCAGUCUAACUUCUCCGGCUGUAAAUAUCCACUAUCCUGGAUACAGGAUGUGAAGGACCAGAGACUGGGGUUCCAGAACCAGUUUACUGGGGACUGGUACACGGUGUUGGAUGCUGCCGCCUUAAUCAGCACGUCACCUCUAAAUCUACAGACAUAUCAACCAGACUUUGUCACUCUGUCCUUCUACAAAAUGUUUGGUUUCCCUACUGGUUUGGGGGCCCUCCUUGUCAAGAACUCGUCAGCCUCACUGUUAAAGAAGACUUACUUUGGCGGAGGGACAGUGUCAGCUAGUUCUGCUACAGAAAUGUUUCAUGUAUUCAGACCAAACUUGGCAGAUAGGUUUGAGGAUGGCACUAUUCCAUUUCUAGACAUUAUUGCAGUUAGACAUGGUUUGGAUGCCUUGAAGAAAAUAGGAGGUGGUAUGGGAAGAAUUUCUGGACACACUUUUUGCAUUGCUAAGUAUUUCCAAUAUAAACUUUCUGGUCUUUGUCAUGGUAAUGGCAUGCCCUUGGCUGAGAUAUACACCAAUGGGAACUUCUGUGACCCCAACACCCAGGGAGGAGUGGUCAAUUUUAACCUCAGGAGAGCUAACGGCGAAUACAUAGGAUUUGCUGAAGUGGACAAGCUGGCCCAGUUGUACAACAUUCACCUUAGAAGUGGCUGUUUCUGUAACAUAGGAGCGUGUCAAAUGUUCCUUAACAUAACCUCAGAGAGCAUCAAGAAAAAUCUGAUGGCUGGGCACGUGUGUGGGGAUGACAAGGAUCUGAUUGAUGGUCAGCCGACAGGGUCCGUGAGGAUUUCCUUUGGUUACAUGUCCACCCUUAGUGAUGCCCAGCACUGCCUCAAGUUCAUUGUGGAGAGCUUCAUGGAGAAGGUCCGAGUGAUACCCACAUUUACCGAGGACUGGGACGAAGUAGAGAUAGACGAUGAAUUCUCUCCAGCAGUGAAAACUGACAAAAAGGUGGAACCAGAAAACAAAAUAAGACAGAGGGAAAAUACAGAUAGUGAUAAUAAGUGCCAAACGCUGACAACUGUAGACAUACCCAGGACAAAAGAGAGGAUGGUUCCCUCUACAGGGGCUGUCAGACUGACCAAUAUCUGCCUGUACCCAGUCAAAUCUUGUGCUGCUUUCAUGGUAGCUGAGUGGGAUAUCGGACCUAAGGGCCUGUUGUAUGACAGGGAGUGGAUGAUUGUAUCUGACAACGGAGUAGCCAUAAGUCAGAAGAGGGAGCCCAAACUGUGUCUGAUCAAACCCUCCAUAGAGCUGUCACAGGGCACUCUGACACUUCAAUAUAAAGAUUUGGAGCCACUGAAACUUCCACUACACAGGGAGAAGGGAGGUCCCCAGUUUAACUCGGCUUUGUCUUGUACCAGUAAAGUCUGUAAUGACAGGGUGCUUGGAACUGAUUGUGGAGAUAAUGCAUCAGAGUGGAUCAGUAAAGCUUUACAGAGACCUGGAUGUCGGCUUAUUCAGCAGAACAAUAAUAACACAAGAACUAGUAAACUGAAAGAUAAAGAGACAGAGUUGAGCCAGGAGGAGAGUCUGUCCUUAACCAAUGAGUCCCAGUAUCUACUAUUCCUUAUAUUUACAGCUUUGACCUCCUCCGCAAAAUCAAAGAGAGGCUCCAAGCCUGCUUCCUCAGAUCUUGAAGAUCUAGUUUUACGUUUCCGAGCUAAUUUAAUUGUGGAUGGAGGAUCAAGUUAUCAAGAAGAUGAUUGGAGUAGACUACAAAUAGGGCAACAUAGAUUUACAGGACAGGGUGGGUGUACACGAUGUCAGAUGAUUUGUUUGGACCAGGAGACUGGACAAAGGAGUAGGGAACCACUCAGGACAUUGGCGAUGUGUAGGGGGCGCAAGAUUCCAUUUGGGAUACAUCUCAGAAACGAGAAAGAGACAGACAGUGCCAAACUAAGAGUGGGAGAUCUGGUCCAAGUAUUAUAAACAAUAUUAUAUAGAUAAUUAUAAUUUAGUAGCUAUAUGACUGUGAUCAAAUGUUUACAAAUUUUUACUGCAUUAAUCAGAUUUCAGCUUAUUGCUCAAAUUGUUAUUAAUUUAUUGAUUCAUUGUGAUAAUUGUAUUGGUUUUUUUUUUUUAAU